CUGAUUAACAAGUUGCUCGAGAAACUGAAAAAUCUUGAUGAGGAAACCAACAGUUUCUGGGAUCAGAUUUCCAAGGAGUACUAUGACUUUGAGCUAGCAGAGCAAAUCAAGGAGCUGACCAAGCAGGACAUGGUUGAUUUCUUCAAGAAGCACAUUGACCCAGCUUCGCCCGAGAGGGCUAAGGUCUCGGUGUGGAUGAUUGCGCAGGCAACCCACAAUGUUUCCACCAAGCAGAUCUCGGAGUUUGUCAAAGCGCUUGAGCUCCACCCCCCAGAGAGGGAGUCAGAGGCGGUGACAGAAAUCCAGGCUAGGCUCAGUGCAGUAAGGCACGGCGAGACCGAGGAGAUAGAGGGCUUCAGAGAGUACUUACUACAUGACCUGAAGGUGGCCGAGGAAAAUAUCGACACAGCGGCUGAG